AGAGUCGUUUGGGGACAGGCUACUCGAAGAAAAGCAGCGAGUAGGAUUAUGCAAGCUCCACUUUUCUAAUGAGUUACUUGCUUCCCCAUCUCCACACAGGCUUUGCAGUUGAUCAAGCUAUCCUCUCGGAAGAGUCUCGGGUUGUCAUAAUCAGAUUUGGACACGAUUGGGACCAAGUAUGCAUGCAAAUGGAUGAGAUCCUGGCGUCAUGCGCCGAUCAGUUGAAAAAUUUUGCUGUCAUUUACUUGGUGGACAUCUCUGAGUGCCCAGACUUCAACACGAUGUAUGAGCUGUACGACCCAUGCACAUGCAUGUUCUUCUUCAGAAACAAGCACAUCAUGAUCGAUCUCGGGACAGGAAAUAACAACAAGAUCAACUGGGCCAUGACUGACAAGCAGGAGUUCAUAGACAUUGUGGAGGUCAUUUACAGGGGAGCGCGGAAAGGGAGGGGUCUUGUUGUGUCCCCAAAAGAUUACUCGACCAAGUACCGGUAUUGAGGAGCGUUUCGGCCCAUCAGCUUUGGUUUUUGCAGGCACUGCAGGAUUCUUUCUCAGCUUGGCACUAAAAUUGAGCGCCUCAGGCCUUUGCAUGUUGGGCUUCUAGGAGAGCAUGUAUGUAUGCAAUGUCCAGCAUUGCUAUGCCUGCCCUUAGCAGAUGGGUGGGCCACGCCUAUGGUUUGCAAGUCUUUAGUAAACAUUUCAGAUAACACUGCAACACCUGAACAAACCAGCAAACUGCCUGUGUCACAGAGAGCAUGCCAGAUCAAUCAGGCACUGCUCAGUCCUACUAACAGAACUUCCUGAACCCAGUACACACAUUAUGACUCUAGUCUUUUUGCCUUUUCAGUGACCCAAUCCAGUGCUUCAUACAACACAACAUUGCGCAGCUUCUACUCAACUGCAGCAGCGGAAAGCCACCUUCCAACUGUCUUGAAAUGGAGCGUCUGAUCUUUACUGUAAGGUCCCUACUGCCGUGAUGGUCCUGAGCGCACACACUCUGCUCGGCAAAUCCGGUACCUGCAAAUAUAUGAUCUGCGUCUGCAAAGGGAUUCUCUGCAUCUGCUGACACUCUUGCCACAUCCAGUGCGCUGCAAAUAUCUGUCACAUGCCAGAAUAUCUUGAUGAACUAUGUGUGUUCGAGUAUCUUGAACAAGCCGCUGAACCCCACACAGUGUCUUGGUCUUGCAGUUUCUGCAAACAGGGGCCCUGUGAGAGCACACUCAGUCUUCUGCAUGCAGGCUAUUCGAAUAUCAAAAUGGCAGUCCUCUCACAGCUCACAGCAGUGCUGGAUGGAGAGUUGGGGCUAAGAGUUCUUCUGAACGACACAGAACUAAAAGAAAUGAAAACUACAAAACGAG